AUGAGCCACCCCUUUCCUGCCCUCUUCUCCAACAAGAAAAAGCGACUCGAUCCGACCUACGAAUCUGAUUCCGACGAUGAUGCGCCCGUCAUGACGAAGCCACUUGGAAACGCACGAAAUACGCACAAGAGAGGGGUUACCUUUGGCGGUAGCAGAGACAGCAGCAAGGACUUCGCUACAGGCAACUGCAUGACAUGUGGUUCUCUCGUGCGUUGGCCUCGAGAACUGAAGGUCUUCAAAUGCACCGUGUGCCUGACCAUUAAUGACCUCCACCCGGAUCACCAAAUCGCCAGGGCCAACAGCGGCCCCAAAUGGCUUCAGCGCCCGUCCCAGGAUUCUCCGUCUCCUCAAAAACAACCUCCCCGCCCAAUAGACCGAUUCGACGCCAGGCCCAUUUCCCUGGACCAGACUAGGAGACUGAUUCGGCAAUGCAUUCGCAAUCACCUGACGAGGGCGAUUAGGAGAACCUCGAGCUUCGAGAAUGAGCGCCGUGAAGCGAUUGAGACCCAGGUGCCACCAAGUCGCGAGCCAGACCAUGUGGAUCGCCCGUGUCCCUCGAGAGCCUUUAGGCCUGCAAACCACCGGCGAGAACAUAGUCACGAUUACAGACCAGGAGGCUAUGUUUUUCCAGAGCAACCUACGCUUCAUCCAAACCCGCAACGGGUACCCCCGCCGUCAAGAUCAUUCUCAUCUUCGUAUCCGGAACGGCCUCCCUCCAUGCGGCAACUGGCGGCCGAAGCCAGUGGACCCCGGCCAGCGGACCCGAGACAUUGGCAAGCCGACGACCCCAGAAGGAUCUUCAAACCCCUCGAGGACUACAUCACGACUUGUUUCAACUCGUUCCACUGCGUGAAUUCGUCAUUCCUGUCUCGCCGUCCGGCCGUGACAGUUCGGUCAGGCAGCGAGUCCGCUCAGCGACGACCCUCCGUUCCGCGACUUGAACCGAAGUAUGCAGAGCAGGUCAACGAGUCUCCAAUCUGCGACCUCGACCCUAAACUGCUUCUACUCGGUGACUUUGCCGAGAACGGUACUUGGUGGACAGGCAACCAGAACGGAAAUGGGUCACGGCAUAAGAGGUCGGCCUCCCAUCGAAUCGAAGACACGCCAUCUUUCGUCACGCCUCGCUCUCCCCAGGUAGACUGGAAUGAAGUUGCGGAAUGGUAUCGAACAGUUAUCAAUGCGGCGGAAUCCUGGAUGUCAGUCUACGAAGAGAUGAACGUUCGAGAGGUAGGAAACGAGACUGACCCGGAUGCACCGGCGCCGGAGCCUCUUUCAACGACUGAAUUGCGAGCUUUGGAGUCACAGCUACGUUAUGGUCAGGAGCACACCCACAGAACGUUGUUGAAAGUCACCGAGAAUCUGUUGAAGCGACCCGGCCGCCCCAUGACCGAUCCUGAGGACUUGCGGUACCUUCUCAUCAUACUGGAAAACCCUCUCCUGCAUGGCGGUCCUCAGCAAACCCACGGAGAGACAUUCAGAGACGACAAGCUGAAGACGGGCCCCGUAUCAGGGCAGCAUUCUGUCAUCAUCAAGAGGAUCUUGGGUUUGAUCUCCAAUUCAUCCACUCCCUGCCAAAACCACCUGAUAACCUGGUUCGCACGAUACCCGGAGCCUAGGUUCGUUAGAAUUAAGGACCUCGCCGCGGGUUUCUUGACAUACCGACUCAUUCGCCAGAACGAGAAGAAGCAUGAGGUUAGAGUUGACAUCACAGCUGAUCUAAUCCCGACUAUGAGUGCCGGCCAACCCUCGGCGGCAUCGCUUCAUGCCGCCUUGGGAUCACAGAGCGGCUCUUCGAAAAAGCAAAAGGAACAGCCGAAGAAGAUGGUUUAUAGCGAAGACUGGCAGAUCAAAGCUGCCGCUCGUGUCUUGGCUUUAGUAUUUGCGGCCAAUAACAUGACGCAUAUACGCCGUCCGGAACAAUCAACAAGCAACACCAGCAGUACCACUCACAGAGGAGGCAUUCAGGCGCACGGACAGAUUAUACCAACCAGCGACUUUUACAACACGAUGAUUGACUAUACCGACUUGGUGGCUGAGUUUGAAGCCUGGGAGUCGAAACGCGGCAGGUUCUCAUUCUGCCAGUACCCGUUCUUGCUGAGCAUGUGGGCCAAGUCCCAGAUUCUGGAGCACGAUGCCCGCAGACAACAAAUGACGAAAGCUCGGGACGCCUUCUUUGAUAGCAUCAUGACGCGAAGGGCUGUCACCCAGUUCCUUGUGCUCGAUGUCCGCCGAGAGUGCCUGGUCGAUGACAGCUUGAAGGCGGUGAGUGAAGUCAUUGGAAGCGGGAGCGAAGACAUCAAGAAGGGUUUGCGCAUCGUUUUCAAGGGCGAAGAAGGUCUCGACGCUGGUGGGCUCAAGAAAGAGUGGUUUCUCCUCCUCGUCCGUGAGGUGUUCAACCCCGAUCAUGGUAUGUUCAUCUACGACGAGGAUUCUCAGUUCUGCUACUUCAACCCCAACUCCUUUGAGACCUCCGACCAAUACUUCCUGGUUGGAGUUGUCAUGGGACUGGCGAUCUACAACUCAACCAUCUUGGACGUGGCAUUGCCGCCAUUCGCCUUCCGGAAACUUCUCGCGUCAGCUCCCAGUUCCUCGACUGGUCCUUCAGCCCAUCCGCGUCCGGGUAUGAGCUACACUCUGGAAGAUCUCGCGGAAUACCGCCCGAGAUUGGCAGCCGGUUUGAGACAGCUGCUUGAUUUCGACGGUGACGUGGAAGAGACAUUCCAGCUGGACUUCGUCGUCGACGUUGAGAAGUACGGGACGAUCGUGCAAAUACCUCUUUGCCCAGGAGGAGAGAGGAAACCUGUUACCAACGCCAACAAAUGGGAGUACGUCAAUCUCUAUGUGCGGUAUCUGCUGGAGACAGCAGUCGCUCGCCAGUUUGAGCCAUUCAAGCGCGGGUUCUACACUGUCUGUGGAGGCAAUGCGUUAUCGCUUUUCAGACCUGAAGAAAUCGAGCUACUGGUUCGAGGUUCGGAUACGGCACUGGAUGUAGACGCUCUCAGGGGCGUUGCCGAGUAUGACAACUGGGGCACGAAGUCUCCUGAUGGUGUGGAGCCCGUUGUUGGAUGGUUCUGGGACACUUUUAAGCAGGCGACACCGGACGAACAGCGAAAGUUGCUCUCCUUUAUCACCGGCACCGAUCGGGUGCCGGCGAUGGGUGCGGCGCUGCUUCCCAUCAAGAUAACAUGUUUGGGUGAAGAUGAGAACAGGUAUCCCAUUGCCCGAACAUGCUUCAACAUGUUGGCAUUGCGGCGUUACGAGUCCAGGGAGAGACUCGAACAAAUGUUAUGGACUGCUGUGCACGAAAGCGAAGGCUUCGGGCUGAAGUAA